AUGGCAUCGGCAGCAGCAGCAGCAGCAGCAGCAGCAGGGGAUACACAGCAGCAGCAGCAGCAGCAGCAGCAGCAAGGGAAAAACCUCCUCACCAGCUUAGCCAGUAUAAGAGACAGCGUGGGGUGUACAUACACUGCAAGCGACGGGCCCUAUCUGCUGGAGCUGCUGCUCUAUGGCAUCGGCAGCAGCAGCAGCAGCAGCAGCAGCAGCAGCAGCAUCAUGCAGCAGCAGUACCAACAGAUGCAGCAGCAGAUGCAGCAAGAGGAUGCGAUCUUGUCUUGGGCCAGCGAGGGAUCUGCAGCAGCAGCAGCAGCAGCAGCAGCAGCAGCAGCAGCAGCAGCAGCCUACAUUGGCGUUGCUGGCGGCCCCCUGCUCUUCUCCCCGUUGCAGCAGCAGCAGCAGCAGCAGCAGCAGCAGCAGCAGCAGCAGCAGCAGCAGCAGCGGCACUACUGUCAGCAGCAGCAGCAGCAGCAGCAGCAGCAACAGCAGCAACAACAGCAGCGGCAGCAGCAACAGCAACAGCAGCAGCAGCAGCAGCAGCAGCAGACCUGCACGCUGCAGAAGAGGAUGUGGCUGAGUACAACAACUGCUGCAGCCUUGCAGCCCUUCAGCGCCCCCGAGGUGACAGCUCCUGCAGCAGCAGCAGCAGCAGCAACAGCAGCAGCAGCAGCAGCAGCAACAGCAGCAGCAGCAGCAUUUCUCAUUGCAGCGACUGCGGCAGCAGCCAAACCGGCUCUGCGUGUGCAGCAACAGCAGCAAGACUCCAGCAGCAGCAACAGCGAGAGCAGCAACAGCAGUGCAACAGCAGCAGCAGCAACAGCAACAGCAGCAGCAGCAGCAGCAGCAGCAGCUGACCUAGCUUGGCUAUGA